AUGGAUUGCCCAGAGGAACCGGCCCAUUAUAUUCGCCACAUUCAUAAGACUUGGAGUUUCAUCUGUCAUAAUCCUGAAAUCAGCGGCCUCGUUGACGGUAACACCGUGAAGCUCUUGGAAACUCUUACCCCAGUGGCGACAUCAGAUCAGUCCACUAUCAAACGGCUUGCGCAUAAUGGCGAGAUAUUCUCCAGCGUCGAUAGCCUGACCGUAAUGGAACAGAUUGUCCCUCGUCUGUUCCAAAUCCUGGCCCUUGCGAACAAAGAUCCUGACAUUGCAGCUGCUAAAGAGUUUAUAAAAUGGUGUCGCCCUACAGACCAGCAUGAAGCCAACAAUUAUGAAGCCGAGAAGCUUUUACGGUACAUAGCAGGAAAAAUGGGGGUUAUUGAAAGUCCAAAGGACAAACGUGCUACUCCUCAAUUUGUUGGUGUUGUCAAAGUGCCCAAGAAAUUGCGGUGUGGGCUACCAGACAAUAGAACCUAUAAAAAUGGUCGGAAUCAUUUAUUUCUCGACACAAUUUACGACUACAACCCGCCCUUUGGACAGUAUUUGACGUCGUCAGCAGAGAUUGCGCUGCGGUUCAAAUCACUCACCAGUUCAACCCUCAGGCUUAGCACUGGAGGGAAUAAGCGAGAACAACAGCUACCACUGGCGAAAGGUGCAAAAACGGGACCAGCGGAGGUAGAGUCACGGGUAUUCAAGGGUGCAGCGGUGCCAGAGCGGCCCUUAGGGGCAGACGAUGAGGUGCCAGAGGGGGCAGUUCUUGCUAAAGGUGAAAUUAACUUCCUUGUUGCUGCGCUCCUUGCGCCGGGCCAUGUCCAGUACGGCAGCCACGUGAAGGUCUUCGCCCUAAGUUCUCUCGUCCCUCUGGUCGCCGCCAUGCCCGGCCGCCGCCAGGAAUCUGCUUCCACCGGCUCCUUCGGCGUCACUGCUGCUCGCUCUGGCUCGCCCAUCCACUUUCUGCCUCUGACUGCUGCCGGCUCGUACAUCUAUCUCGGUGGCAAGAGCCAGACCUAUAUUGCGGAGGGCGUCCCGCUCAGCAAGUCGACCAACGACACCAUCCUGGCCGGCUCCCGUUACCUUGUAUUCGUUUUUCCCGGCGGCCAGGAGAUCUACGUCGAUGCUUGCGGUGCUCUGUCCUUCACCACCUCCCACUCGGGCGACAUCCCCGAAGGCUCCUCCGAGGGUCCCUUCAAGUACAUUCCCGGCAAGAACGGCGGCCUCGGCACCUGGAGCUACGGCUCCAGCUUCAUUGCUUGCCCUACUGCUUCCAAUGCCACUACCACCCCCUACAGCCGCCGCCGUAUCGCUGCUGCCGCCCCUAAGUAG